UCCACGUGACCUCAGUGACGUGUUACAAUAAAUACAAUAACAUAAGAAAACUCACAUAACAUGCCAAAAAAGAAGAUUAGACCACAAAUGUGGCAGCCGGAUAAGCUCGCACUUAUUAAAGCUGUGAAGAAGUAUCCAAUAAUUCACAAGAAGGAUUAUAAAUCAAAGGAUGAUGCGAGGGAGAAAUGUUGGGCAGCCAUCGCUGAAGAAGCAGGAAUGUCGGAAAAUCGAUGCAAAGAGAAUUGGAUAAAAUUAAGGAAAGAUUACUUCGGCACAAUAUACGUAUACAGUCGUAGAAAAACUCUGCAGUUUCAAGAAUCACCUCUAAGUUUUCUAAAUUGUAGCAUUUCCUACAAAAUAUACAACAGGGCAUUAGGUCGCAAGAAAACUGAUCUCGUCACAGUAAGUGACGAUGAUUCAUUAAGUGAUACUAGUGAAGAAGAAAUAAGAAGUGUUAGAAAACCAACGCUUAGAUCUCAUACAAGAAGAAGUUUACCACAAACAUCAAUUCCAGAAGCAAAAGAAAUUCCAGAAGAAAUCGAAAUUGCUAGAUCACACACCACGCAAUCUGAUGAAAUGAAUUUAGCAGUGACAACUGAAAUUAAAUCAGAGGAAUCUGAUAUAGAUGACACCGAUGCGAACGAAAACAAUUCUACAAGAUUUCAGCCAAGCUCUGAUACUCCUGCAGAAUUUGAUAUACAAACGACCAGUACUGUGGAACAAGAGGCUGUAUGUAUGCCAAUAGAUAUCAGUACUGUGAAACAAGGUUUUUUAUGUCCGCCAAUAAAGACUGAACCGCUGAUUGAUCCAGAAUCUAAAAAUUUUUCUGGUGAUCUUGCUAAGUAUAUCACAAGUAAGUUUUCACCUAAGACACAAAAGGACAUACAGCGUAGGAUCUGCGCUUUAUUUACGCAAAUAGAAUUAGAUAAGUUGAAAGCCGCAAAUCAAUAAUAAUAAUAAAUCGUCUCCGCAAAGCACCCAUUCGCAUACCUAUUUAAAAAAUUGGUAUUAUUUAUUUAUUUAGGAAA